CAAAGGCGGCCCGCCGCCUGUGUCAUCCGCCAUUUUGUGCGAAGCAAGGUGGCCUCCACGUUCCCUGAGCGUCUUCUUCGCUUCUGCCUCGACCGCCCCUUGACCACAGACAUGUCUCGGGAUCGGUUCCGGAGUCGCGGCGGUGGUGGUGGCGGCUUCCACCGGCGCGGAGGAGGAGGUGGUCGCGGCGGCCUCCACGACUUCCGCUCUCCACCGCCCGGCAUGGGCCUCAAUCAGAACCGCGGGCCCAUGGGCCCGGGCCCAGGCGGUCCCAAACCCCCGAUCCCGCCGCCGCCUCCGCACCAACAGCAGCAGCAGCCUCCGCCUCAGCAGCAGCCUCCGCCGCAGCAGCCCCCGCCGCACCAGCAGCCGCCGCCGCACCAACCGCCCCAUCAGCAGCCGCCGCCGCCGCCGCAAGACUCGUCCAAACCGGUGGUGCCCCAGGGGCCCGGCCCCACUCCCGGAGUAGGCAGCGCCCCGCCGGCCUCGGGCUCGGCUCCUCCCGCCACUCCUCCGACCUCCGGUGCUCCUCCGGGCCCAGGACCCACCCCGACCCCGCCGCCCGCCGUCACCUCGGCCCCUCCCGGGGCGCCUCCGCCCGCGCCGCCGAGCAGCGGGGUCCCGACCACCCCGCCCCAGGCUGGGGGCCCGCCGCCUCCGCCCGCGGGGGGCCCAGGUCCGGGGCCUAAGCAGGGUCCCGGCCCCGGCGGCCCGAAAGGCGGGAAGAUGCCCGGUGGGCCGAAGCCCGGUGGCGGCCCGGGCCUGAGCGCGGCCGGCGGCCACCCGAAGCCGCCCCACCGAGGCGGCGGGGAGCCCCGCGGGGGCCGCCAGCACCACCCACCCUACCACCCGCAGCACCACCAGGGACCUCCGCCCGGCGGGCCCGGCGGCCGCAGCGAGGAGAAGAUCUCGGACUCGGAGGGGUUUAAAGCAAACUUAUCUCUCCUGAGGAGGCCUGGAGAGAAAACCUACACACAGCGCUGUCGAUUGUUUGUUGGGAAUCUACCUGCUGAUAUCACAGAGGAUGAAUUCAAAAGACUAUUUGCUAAAUACGGAGAACCAGGAGAAGUUUUUAUCAAUAAAGGCAAAGGGUUCGGAUUUAUUAAACUUGAAUCCAGAGCCUUGGCUGAAAUUGCCAAAGCUGAACUUGAUGAUACACCCAUGAGAGGUAGACAGCUUCGGGUUCGAUUUGCCACACAUGCUGCUGCCCUUUCUGUUCGUAAUCUUUCACCUUAUGUUUCCAAUGAACUGUUGGAAGAAGCCUUUAGCCAAUUUGGUCCUAUUGAAAGGGCUGUUGUAAUUGUGGAUGAUCGCGGGAGAUCUACAGGAAAAGGCAUUGUUGAAUUUGCUUCUAAGCCAGCAGCAAGGAAAGCAUUUGAACGCUGCAGUGAAGGUGUUUUCCUACUGACAACAACUCCUCGUCCAGUCAUUGUGGAACCACUUGAACAAUUAGAUGAUGAAGAUGGUCUCCCUGAAAAACUUGCACAGAAGAAUCCAAUGUAUCAAAAGGAGAGAGAAACACCUCCUCGAUUUGCUCAGCAUGGCACAUUUGAGUAUGAAUACUCUCAGAGAUGGAAGUCCUUGGAUGAAAUGGAAAAACAACAAAGGGAACAGGUUGAAAAAAACAUGAAGGAUGCAAAAGACAAAUUGGAAAGUGAAAUGGAAGAUGCCUACCAUGAGCAUCAGGCAAACCUUUUGCGCCAAGAUCUGAUGAGACGCCAGGAAGAAUUAAGACGCAUGGAAGAACUUCACAAUCAAGAAAUGCAGAAACGUAAAGAAAUGCAGUUGAGGCAAGAGGAGGAACGACGUAGAAGGGAGGAAGAGAUGAUGAUUCGCCAACGUGAGAUGGAAGAACAAAUGAGACGCCAAAGAGAGGAAAGUUAUAGCCGAAUGGGCUACAUGGAUCCAAGAGAGAGAGACAUGAGAAUGGGUGGUGGAGGAGCAAUGAACAUGGGAGAUCCCUAUGGUUCAGGAGGCCAGAAAUUUCCACCUCUAGGUGGUGGUGGUGGCAUAGGUUAUGAAGCCAAUCCUGGAGUUCCACCAGCAACCAUGAGUGGUUCCAUGAUGGGAAGCGACAUGCGUACUGAGCGCUUUGGGCAGGGAGGUGCUGGGCCUGUGGGUGGACAGGGUCCUAGAGGAAUGGGGCCUGGAACUCCAGCAGGAUAUGGUAGAGGCAGAGAAGAGUAUGAAGGUCCAAACAAAAAACCCCGAUUUUAGAUGUGAUAUCUAGGCUUUCAUUCCAGUUUGUUUUUGUCUUUUCUUGUUUAGAUACCACUUUUAAAUUCUUGCAUUUUAGUAAGAAAGCUACCUUUUUAUGGAUGUUAGCAGUUUAUUGACCUGAUAUUUGUAAAUGGUCUGUUUGGGCAGGUAAAAUUAUGUAAUGGAGUGUUCAAAACAGGAAAAAAAAAUUCCCUUUUUAUUUCCUUUUUUUUUUUAACUGUAUAAUGUUCCUCAAGUUAAUGGCAGUGUACCUUGUGCCACUGAAUUUCCAAAGUGUACCAAUUUUUUUUUUUACUGUGCUUCAAAUAAAUAGAAAAAUAGUUCUACUAUUGAUCUUCAACUUUGCCAUUCAUGCUUCUAUGCACAUUAGGCUAGGUAUUCCACUUUGAAAGCAUGAGAGUGUCUAGGCCUGUGGAUGGCAUAUGCCAUUUCUGGGAAAUGUAUCUGGAAGCUAAGUAGUGCUUUCUACAAAUAACUGCCCCCCUGUUUUAAGAAGAAAUGCAUCUUGAAGUAGUUCACGAUUUGUUUGGCAUUAUAGGAGGAAGCAAGCUGGUGCUAAGUAUUUUUAAAUGGUUAAUGUAAGCAAAGCUGAACUGUAAAUCUUCAUUCAGGAAUAUGUAUUAAGAUAAUACAAUGGGUGUAAACUAUUGCUAGGGGGAGGAAGAAUGGAUCUUCAAUGGCCCUAUGAUCUAUCCUUUCCUUGAAAGUUUUUUGAAAAGUGGAAAGAUCAUUUUGUUGCAUACCCCCAAUUCUUGUUUUUAAAAGAACAAAUCCCAAGCCCUACAAAUGGCUUGUACUGGACUUUUACAAUUGAAUUAAAGAUUGUUAAACAUGAAGCCUUUUCAUGUAUUACUUGAAGUGAUUUAUAAAGAUGGGGUUUAGUCUGAAAAAUUCAACUUGAAAGUAAGGUUUAGUUAAUUAAGUAGGUAUAGCUCUAUUUACAUUUGUACUCUGUAACUUACAUCUCCUUGUGCUACUUCUGUUGGGCAAAUCUGUAGGACUAUAAAAAUACAUUGGUUCUCAAGAGCUAGUAGUGACAUUAAUAGCAAAUAGGUUGCAAAUAACCAUUCUUAUAAACUUACCUGUUUUUACAUCUUUUGUUUUUGACGUAGCACUAAAUCUGGAGAGAGUGGUUCAUGCUACACAGUACAAAUACCCCUUCCUCCCACCGUAAAGCUUUGGCAUGUUUCGAUGGCGUUGUCAGUUACUUGUCAACUUCAUUGAAUCUCCUUGCAUUAGAACAAGAGACUUUUUGACUCAAUUUUAGAUGUUUACUGUUG